CUUCCCCGCGGCGCGGUGCCGUUACUCGGGGACGGGGAGGGCGACGGCGGAGAGCGGGGCCCGCGGAGCCGCCGGUGUAUUUCAGACUUCUCAUGCUUUCCUGUUACAUUCCUGACAGUCAGUGGAGAUCUUCUUUACUCUUUGUGGCACUUAAUUUUGUUUAUACGAAGCCCUCUCCAAUAGAUUUUACAGGAAAAACCAGGACAAUAUUUGUAUGUGCUUUCUGUGUUGGAAUAGGAGCUGAGAAGCAGAAAUAGAGAGCAUGUUGGAAACAAUUGAUACACAUCGGGCCCUCCAGGCUGUGGAACGCUUACAGGCAAAGCUUCGGGAUCGAGGUGACAUCGCAAAUGAGGAAAAACUGAACUUACUGAAAUCAGUGCUGCAGAGUCCGCUUUUUAAUCAAAUUCUCAGCCUUCAAACUUCCGUUCAACAGCUGAGAGAUCAGGUAAAUAUUACUCCUUCUGUACAUUUCACUAGUGAAUUCCCUCAGCUUCUCCACCACGGUGUGAAUGCAGGGUCCUUACCGCAUAAUGAGUCAUAUUUGUUGGCUCAGCAGAAUGGCAGCCCAGCUAAUGUGUUAGAAGCAUCAAUCAGAUCCAUUACUCCACAGAUUAAUGGGAAAUCCACUAGUGAUGACUUUGAGCAACUGAUCAGAAGUAUGUCCCAGGGUCGUCCUGUUGAGACAAUUGAGCUUAUUAAGCCUUUGAGUGGUGGCCUGGGGUUCAGUGUUGUGGGGCUCAAGAGUGAAAACAGAGGAGAAUUAGGAAUAUUUGUGCAAGAAAUCCAGGAGGGAAGUGUGGCACAUAGAGAUGGAAAGCUGAAGGAAGCAGAUCAAAUCCUUGCUAUUAAUGGACAAGCCCUUGAUCAGACAAUUACACAUCAACAGGCUAUCAGCAUCCUACAGAAAGCAAAAGAUAAUGUCCAGCUAGUUGUGGCCAGAGGCAGUUUUCCUCAGCUCAUCAGUCCUGUAGUUUCUCGGUCUCCAUCUGCUGCUAGCACAGUUUCAGCCCAUUCCAACCCGGUGUACUGGCAGCAUGUGGAGACCAUAGAGCUGGUGAAUGAUGGCUCAGGUUUGGGAUUUGGGAUAGUUGGUGGAAAGUCAACAGGAGUGAUUGUUAAGACCAUCCUCCCAGGAGGGGUAGCUGAUCAGCAUGGGAGAUUAUGUAGUGGAGACCACAUUUUGAAGAUUGGUGAUACUGACUUGACUGGAAUGAGCAGUGAACAGGUGGCACAAGUUCUGAGGCAGUGUGGAAAUCGAGUGAAACUGGUAAUUGCAAGAGGUCCUGUUGAGGAACCACCUCCACCAGCAGUUCCACCAGGUACUCCAGUACCCAUCCCGACACCAGAGAAACAAACAGACGCUUCUGUUGAUAGUUGUGAAGAAGGAGAGAAGUUUAAUGUGGAACUCACUAAAAAUAUCCAAGGAUUAGGAAUAACUAUUGCUGGUUACAUUGGAGACAAAACAUCAGAGCCUUCUGGCAUCUUUGUGAAAAGCAUUACAAAAGGCAGCGCUGUUGAACAAGAUGGCAGAAUCCAUGUGGGAGAUCAAAUUAUAGUUGUGGAUGGAACAAAUCUUCAGGGUUUUACUAACCAACAAGCAGUAGAUGUUUUGCGACACACCGGACAAACAGUUCAGCUCACUUUGGUCAGAAGAGGGCUUAAGCAGGAGAAUUGUAUUCAACCCCAGGAGGACUUGAAUUCUGCUGUUGAAAGGGACUUAAUGUUACAAACAGUGGACAGUAGCACAGCCAAAGAUAACAGUGAAACAGAGCAGGGAUCUCCAUCGCAGCCAUGCAGUGGCAGUGCAGUAAACAUCAAAGAGGACAUAAAAGAGCAAGAAACAGAUUUCCAGCUGAGUGCUACAGAAGAAGCAGCUAUGAAGGCAAAAUGGCAGAGGAUAAUGGGGUCAAAUUAUGAAAUAGUGGUUGCUGUGGUUAGCAAAUUCAGUGAAAGCAGUGGACUAGGAAUAAGCCUUGAAGCUACAGUGGGACAUCAUUUCAUUAGAUCAAUCUUACCAGAGGGGCCAGUUGGACGAAGUGGCAAACUGUUCAGUGGUGAUGAGCUUCUGGAAGUGAAUGAGAUCUCUUUGCUUGGAGAAAACCACAAGGAUGUAGUCAAUAUCUUGAAAGAACUGCCAAUUAAGGUGACAAUGGUGUGCUGCCGGCCAGUGGCUCCCUCUGUCAGUCACACAGAAGUACUGGAGAGUCUAAGUCUAUCUGAGGUUCAGCUUGCAGAAAAGGCUCAUAUAGAUCUUGAAUUCACUGGCUCUUCGAACACAGAAGAAACAGCUUUGGAAACUUCUACAGCUCAGAGUAUAGAAGAAAUGCAGAACUCUUCUUUCACAAUGUGGGAAGCAGAAGUACAGCAUACUGAGCUGGAGAAAGGAAGCACGGGACUUGGAUUUAGCAUAUUGGACUACCAGGAUCCUGUUGACCCUUCAAAAACUGUAAUUCUAAUUCGCUCAUUAGUUCCUGGUGGUGUGGCUGAGCAAGAUGGCAGACUUUCUCCUGGAGAUCGACUUAUGUUUGUCAAUGAUAUCAGCUUGGAAAAUGGCAGCCUAGAAGAAGCAGUACAAGCGCUGAAAGGAGCCCCAGCAGGAACAGUUAAAAUAGGAGUUGCCAAACCUCUGCCUGUGGACUCCAGCGGAGCUGGUCUGGCUGUUGAACCCAUCUUUGAAUCUCAGUUUGCUACGGAGAAUUUAAUAUUUCUGCCUUCAUCACCAGUUACGUCUGGCAGCUUCUGUAGUGAGGAUUUCAACUUCAGGUUCCCUUUUUCAACGUCAACUCCCAAGAUUACUGGAGAGGCAUAUUUGAGUUCUGCAGAUGAUAGUCAUAUGUCUACCGAGAGUACGUACAAUAUGGAUGUGACUGAGAGAGAACAAAAUACUACAGAGACAGACGGAAGCACGGAAACUACAGCUACUUUUGCUGAUGAGACUUUUCCGACUGAGUGUACUUUUGAGGUCAAACAUGAUAAAAGAACGUUCGUGGAAUCUAGCCUUUUACUGCCUGUGGAAGAAGUUUUCAGAAUCGUAAAUCCAGUGAAAAACAUGUAUGAGGAGACCAUCACUAUUGCAAAAGGCAAUUCAAGUCUAGGGAUGACAGUAAGCUCUGACAAAGAUGGCACAGGAAUGAUAGUUCGUAGUGUCAUCCAUGGAGGAUCAAUAAGUCGUGAUGGACGGAUUAACGUGGGAGACUGCAUCUUGUCCAUUAAUGAAGAAUCAAGCACUAACUUAACCAAUGCAGAAGCCCGAGCUAUGCUAAGGAGACAUUCACUCGUUGGACAAGAAAUGAAAUCUUCUCCAGCACCUUCUGAUGAUCAGGCCCUCUUUUAUGUUAUUACAUAUGUGAUAGCAGAAAACUUACCGAAGUACAGAGCCUAUUUGAAGCAAGAGUCAGAGGAAGAUCUGACAGUAUUUUCUUCCUUACAGUCUGCUUCGGAAGUCCCAGAGCUUCCAGAGCGUGAAGAGGGGGAAGGAGAAGAAAGUGAACUUCAAAAUGCAUCUUUCAGUAACUGGAACCAGCCCAGAAAGGUUGAACUUUGGAGAGAGCCUGGCAAGUCAUUGGGGAUCAGCAUUGUUGGAGGACGAGGGAUGGGGAGCCGCCUGAGCAGUGGGGAAGUGAUGAGAGGGAUCUUUAUCAAACAUAUCCUGGAAGACAGCCCAGCUGGCAAAAAUGGGACACUGAAAACUGGAGAUCGGAUUGUCGAGGUGGAUGGAAUUGACCUCAGAGAUGCCAGCCAUGAACAAGCUGUGGAAGCCAUACGGAAGGCAGGCAAUCCUGUAGUCUUUAUGGUACAGAGCAUUAUAAGCAGACCAAGGGCUUUCAGUCAAUCCGAUUCAGAGCCAGAAAAGACUUCAUCUUGUAACCUGCCUCUGCCUCCUCCUUCUGCAUUUUCAGGAAUAAGCUGUGAUGUUCCACAGUCAUCAUCCAGCCAAGUUGUAGAAGAUGUAGAGAAGGAUGAUGAGUUUGGUUACAGCUGGAAAAAGAUUUCACAGCGCUAUGGAAGUCUACCAGGCGAACUGCACAUGAUUGAGCUAGAAAAAGGAAGGACAGGUCUGGGACUUAGUCUUGCUGGUAACAAAGACCGAUCCAGGAUGAGUGUCUUUAUAGUGGGAAUUGAUCCGAAUGGUGCAGCUGGCAAAGACGGCAGGUUACAGAUUGCAGAUGAGUUGCUAGAGAUAAAUGGGCAAAUACUCUAUGGAAGGACUCACCAGAAUGCUUCAUUCAUAAUCAAAUGUGCUCCGUCUAAAGUGAAAAUAAUCUUCAUCAGAAAUAAAGAUGCAAUAAAUCAGAUGGCUGUUUGCCCUGCAAAAUCAGUAGAGGCUUUACCUUGUGCUUCAGAGAAACUUCAAAAUCAAGAGGUUGAUACUACUGCAGACUCUGGUAUUUCACCUGACUUCAGUUCAUAUAAAAAUAUUCAGUAUGUGGAACUUCCUAAGGAUGAAGGAGGUUUGGGAAUUGCCAUUAGUGAAGAAGACACAGUCAAUGGAGUAGUUAUUAAGAGCUUAACAGAUCAUGGUGCAGCAGCAAAGGAUGGAAGAAUCAAAAUUGGGAGUCAGAUCCUGGCAGUGGAUGAUGAAAUUGUUGUGGGCUAUCCAAUAGAAAAGUUUAUCAAUCUCCUGAAGUCAUCCAAAAAUUCAGUGAAGCUUACAAUCAACUCAGCAGAGCCAGAUAGCCAAACCAUAGCACCAGUCCUUUCCAGCACCGCAUCAGCAGAGAGAAGGAGUAUCCAGCCACCAACAGCUGUUUGCUCUUCGAACUCACCAGAACCAGAAGCAGUCAAAAAUACGAGCAGGUCUUCAACUCCAGCCACACUAGCUUCUGACCCGGCUACUUGUCCCAUUAUUCCUGGAUGUGAAACAACCAUUGAUAUCUCCAAAGGAUGGACUGGUCUUGGUCUAAGUAUAGUUGGAGGAGCGGACACUUUGUUGGGAGCAAUCAUUAUCCAUGAAGUAUAUGAUGAAGGAGCAGCUUCAAAAGAUGGGAGACUCUGGGCUGGGGAUCAGAUAUUAGAGGUGAAUGGAAUUGACCUCAGGAGUGCCACACAUGAUGAAGCAAUUAAUGUUCUCCGCCAGACUCCCCAGAAAGUUCGUCUGACUGUGUACAGAGAUGAGGCACAGUACAAGGAGGAGGACAUGUAUGAUGUACUCACCAUAGAGCUCCAAAAGAAGCCUGGCAAAGGCCUUGGGCUGAGUAUAGUUGGGAAAAGAAAUGAUACGGGGGUGUUCGUGUCAGACAUCGUCAAAGGUGGAAUAGCAGAUACAGAUGGGAGAUUGAUGCAAGGAGAUCAAAUAUUAACAGUGAAUGGAGAAGAUGUUCGAAACGCUAACCAGGAAGCUGUUGCAGCUUUGCUAAAGUGUUCAUUAGGUACAGUAAGACUAGAGGUUGGAAGAAUAAAAGCUGGUCCAUUCCACUCUGAGAGGAGAACAUCCCAGAGCAGCCAGGUCAGUGAAGGAAGUGGCAGUCUCUCAUCCUUCAGCAUUCCAGCUUCUACUUCCAGCACACCUGAGGUCUUUGAAAGUGGUCUGAAGAAGAAUACUGCAGCUUCUGAAAUACAGGGACUAAGAACAGUUGAAAUAAAAAAGGGCCCAGCAGAUUCUCUAGGAGUGAGCAUUGCUGGAGGUGUAGGAAGUCCUCUUGGAGAUAUUCCUAUAUUUAUUGCCAUGAUGCAUCCCAAUGGAGUUGCGGCUCAGACUCAGAAACUCAGAGUUGGGGACAGGAUUGUUAGCAUCUGUGGAACAUCUACUGAGGGCAUGACUCACUCCCAAGCUGUUGGCAUAUUAAAAAAUGCUUCAGGCACUAUUGAGUUGCAGGUGGUUGCUGGAGGAGAUGUGAGCGUCAUAACUGGUCAGCAGCAGGAUCCACCUACAUCCGGUCUUUCACUUGCAGGACUAACUGCAACAAGCAUUUUUCAGGAUGAUCUAGGACCUCCUCAGUACAAGACCAUUACUCUGGAGAGAGGGCCAGAUGGCCUAGGCUUUAGCAUUGUGGGGGGAUAUGGCAGUCCCCAUGGAGACUUACCCAUUUAUGUGAAGACAGUAUUUGCAAAGGGUGCAGCAGCAGAAGAUGGACGCCUGAAGAGGGGGGAUCAAAUCAUUGCUGUGAAUGGGCAGAGUUUAGAAGGGGUGACUCAUGAGGAAGCAGUUGCUAUUUUGAAAAGAACAAAAGGAACGGUCACUUUGACUGUUCUUUCAUGAGCUGGCUCCCCAAAGGUGUAGUGUCAACAAGAUUAUAUUAUUUUUAUUCCACAUAGCAAGGAAAACCAAAAUGUUUAUAUAACCUUCUUGCUCUUCCAACUUGUCAGAACUGUGUUACGUCACUGAAGAGAAAUAACAUUUAAUGAUAUUUUUGUAUGCAGUAGAAGUAUUACUCAUAUUGUCGAACAACUGUGAUGGAGUAAGUUAUCUGUGGCAAAGACAUGGAUAUUUUGCCUAGUAGCACUAUAGUGAAAACUUGUAAGCAAAAUUGGUGCUUUGAAUGUUUGAAAUACAGAACAAAAAUUACAAAAUCACUGAGUUGAAAGGGGUAUGACAUGAAGAGAAGUAAUCAGAAAACAAUAAGUUUGGAGAAAAAAAACAUUACUAAAAUACAGAAUUUGAAAAAAGGAUGAAAAGUGAUCUAUGUGAAGGUAGACAGUUGAAUAUAGGUGGUUAUUUGUAUUACUGAUAUAGAAGGAGUUGGGAAUGGGGAUUGCUGUUCUAUUGUUUUUUCCUUCUUUCUGUUUUCUAUUUUCCUAUUUCCUAAGCCUUGCUGUAUCCAUAAAGAAAAAGAAAAAAACUCACUUUUUUUGUAUGA